AUGAAGCUCACCCUGGUGUGGCUGGCGACGGCAUGCAUGUCCAUCGCCAGUGCAGCUUCUCUUUACGACCUCGUCUCCGAGUUCCCAAAUGAGUGCGCCUUGUUCUGCACCGGCACUUCAUUCUUGACCUUGCCAUGCGAUCUCAACGCCACGUGCUGGUGCCAGACCCCAGACUUCGUCUCGGACUUUGGCUGUUGCAUUGCUCAUAUGUGCCGGGAGGAUAUCAGCAAAGUCAAGAACACCUUCAACAGCUGGUGCCUCACUGCGUCCGGUCAAGGUCUCCCCGCUAGCCCGUCGACGAAUUGCUCUUCGUACGACUCGAAUCCAUGGGGAACGGGCACGUUAUCGAGUUCAAGCUCUGCGCGCUCAUCAACUGCCUCGCAAUCUACGAAUUCAACCCCCAUUAUCCCCGUACUCACCGGGAGAGUGAUCGGUGGUAUUGUCGCUGGAUGCUUGGGUGUAGUAAUCCUCUUGUGUGCUUGGGUAUGGUAUCGGAUUCGUCUCAGCAAGAAGGAGGCGGGGUGUGAGUGCCCGUCGAGAUCCGGACCACGCCCUGCUACACCACCUCCACCUUAUUCAGCGGAAGCACCGCAGAUUAUCGAGCUUGAUCACCGUGAUCGCAGUGAUCGCAGCAAGGAUGAUCCAACGGCAGCCCCUGGUCAGAUCGUGUGA